AGCAUGUUCGGUUUUGCCUAGCGUCAGCCUUUCCGUCAAGAUGACCGCGGUGGGCUGACAAGACCGUAACAACAAAACGUGGAUGUAUAAAGGUUUAAAAUUUUACUAUCUUAAUUUUCAGAGUAUUUACACACCAGAAGUCGUGUUAGCCAGCACUCAAGAUGCCACGCCGGUCCGGUGAGCGUCAUGGCGGGCACAGGGUUAUAUGCUUCCUGUUCCUGAACGUCGCGUUUUUAUCAGCUAGAGUUUUGGCAAUUCAAGAAGAGAAUAAAGUCAUUAAAGAGGAGCAGCCUGUGGAGCUCCAGAAGGCCAUCACCGGUCAUGCACCUGGUCCUGCAGUGAGUGUCGAUGAGCCCAGUAAUGGAAACCUGGGCUUUAUUCAUGCCUUUGUGGCAGCCAUUUCAGUUAUCAUUGUCUCUGAACUGGGAGACAAGACAUUCUUCAUCGCAGCCAUCAUGGCUAUGCGCUACAAUCGCCUCACUGUUUUGGCGGGUGCCAUGUUGGCUCUGGGACUUAUGACGUGUUUGUCAGUCCUGUUCGGUUAUGCCACUACCAUUAUUCCACGGAUCUACACUUACUACAUAUCGACAGCACUGUUUGCCAUCUUUGGAUUGAGGAUGCUGAGGGAGGGACUGAGGAUGAGUGCUGAUGAAGGGCAGGAGGAGCUAGAGGAGGUCCAGGCUGAGAUAAAGAAGAAAGAUGAGGAGCUUCAACGCUAUAAGCUGGCAAACGGAGUGCCCGAUGUGGAGGCAGGGUCGGCAGCGACCAUGUUGCCCCAGAGGAAGUGGCACAGUGUGAUCUCACCCAUAUUCAUUCAGGCACUCACCCUUACCUUUCUCGCAGAGUGGGGUGACCGUUCUCAGCUUGCCACCAUCGUACUGGCUGCAAGAGAGAAUCCAUUUGGAGUAGCAGUUGGUGGAACUUUAGGACACUGCCUGUGCACAGGACUGGCUGUUAUUGGUGGAAGGAUGGUGGCUCAGAAGAUAUCCGUUAGAACUGUUACAAUUAUUGGUGGAAUCGUAUUCCUUGCCUUUGCAUUCUCCGCCCUCUUUAUCAAGCCCGAUUCUGGAUUCUGAUUGAAGAAGUGACUGUUGUUUUCAUUUAGUACAUACAAUCAUCACAGGACAACCCAGAAUAAGGGAUACAAAUAGAGAGACUGUGUAAAUCUUUGGAUGGCUUGUUUAUUGUGUAUUUUUUUGUGGGUGAAACUAGGACUGAAUGAAUGACAAUAAUUUACUGCUCAUGUCUUAAUGAGCAUUUUAGUUUUUCUCUUAAUUACUCCACAACCCCAUCCCCCCCCCCCCCCCCCCGUUUUCCAACAGUUGACUUGAACUACCAGUCAUACAGUAUUUUCCUGGGCUGGCACAUACAUAAUGUUUUAAAUAACCAAUCAUGAACCUUUAUUCAUAUUGUUUUACUGUGUGAUUGAGCAGUGCACUUUGGGUAAAUACUGGGCCUUCAAACUUGGUUUCAGUCUACUAUAGAUAUGCCCAAUUCUCCUUCACUACAAGAACAACUGUAAAACUAAAACUGCAUCAGCCACAAAAAACACCAAACAUUAAAUCUACUUGCAUCUCAGGAGCUUUUGGUGGGUAAGAACCUCAGCAAUAUAGCAGUAUAAUGUAAUAUAUUCCUUCAACCAUAACAAACAUACUAGUUAUGAAUGUUGUACAAAAAGUACUGUAAUGAAACUGCUUUUGCAAUACAGUACAGUCCUGCCUGGUGUCUAAGCUGCCUGUUGAUGAUUGGCCUAUCUGUUUUCUAUCCAUACUGUAAAAAAGUCAAAGGCUGAAAAACACACUACCAAUAGUAGUAUGAAUUUAUUUCGGGUUUAGUUUACCUCUAGAUUGUCCAUCACAUGUAGCCUUUAGCCCAGACACAUUAUUAAUUGGUCAUUACUGUUCAAUCAUAAAUGUGUUUGUCCAAUAACACUUACUCCUUCCCCUCUGCUUUACUGAAGUGUUAUGGACAUGCUUUACACUGACUCCCUGAAAAGCACACUUGAAUCUGCUCAUCAAGGAAGAGUAAUUGAAUGAUUUCUGAAGUCUGCCCUUUUUCCUCUGAGCAGUUUUUAUUUAUUCUACAAUGGAGCACAGGAAUGAGGAGAUUUUUUUCAAGGUUAAAGAAUUGUGUGUGUUCAUUAGUCAAUGAGGGGAUUAGCUUUGCUUUUUUGUAAGUUUUCAGGGUGACUUCAUUGUCAAUAUUUGACAGGCGUUGUUUAACUUUGGAAAAUGUGUUGAAUUAUCUGUGAUAGAGGAAUUUAAUUACAAAAACCUGUAAUUCCUGUAAAUAUUGAAUAAAAUCUCAGUCUGUCA